CUAUAUAAAGCAAUAACCAUAGUGGACCUAACAUUUUUCUUUCUUUUCUCACACAAACGUAUCAACCACUCUCUUCAAUAACGUCUUCCAUGGCCGCAAGGAAGAGCUUCCUCUUCUUCGGAGUCCCGGAGAGCGUAACUCCGAUGACGCCGGCCUCCGGCGGUCCGCAGUUCGAGUUCGACGAGUCCGACGUUUGGAGCAACAACAGCAACGGCUUUAACAACGACGUCGUAUCCUCGUCCGACACGACGACGAGACGGUCGGCGAUACCGAGCUCGCGUGCGGCGGCGAAGAAGUCGUCGGCGGCGAAGGCGAGAGGCGUGGAUCGCCCGGCGUCAUUGCCGGUGAACAUACCGGACUGGUCGAAGAUCCUGGGAGGCGAGUACAAGGAUCGGCGGCGAGAGAGCGAGGACGAGGACGAGGACGAGGACGGAAGAGUGCCGCCGCACGUUUAUCUGGCGAGGACUAGGGUUGCUUCGUUGUCGGUGCACGAAGGUAUUGGGAGGACGCUCAAGGGGAGGGAUUUGAGUAGAGUUAGAAAUGCUAUUUGGAAACAAACUGGUUUUGAAGAUUAAUUUAGUAAGUAAUUACUUAUAAUUAAUUACCAAAUUAGGAUUAAGUUAAGGAAUUAAGGGGAGAUGAUAAUGGAUCAUAUUUCAUCUCAUCACCCAAUAAGUUUUUUUUUUUUUUUUUUUUUUUGGUGGUUCUGAACUAUAUGUAUCGGUCUCAUUUUGAUCCUCUGGAUUUGUGAGUCAUUUUAUUGCGACUUCAAAUUCAGAGGAUUCAUCUUUAUCGGAUCUAUGUAAAUGUUAUCCAGAUUAUGUAUGGAAAUUAAUGUUCUCGUAUU